AUGGCAGAAAUGAAAAUAGGUUUGGAGGAUUACAACUUUCCAGUGGAUCCAUCUCCGACAGCAAAACAUUCGAUGGAACCAGGUCCUAUCGAGCAUGGAAACCCGACGAAUCCUUAUAUUCCCAAGCCUCGUUCUUCUUCUCCUCCUCCUCCUCCACAACCUCAAGACGGUGGUUAA